UCAAAGCUUAUCAGAAGUCAAUGCUAAACUCAAGCUCUCCAAAACAAGAUAAUAUAUUUUUGCACAAAUAACAUAAAAUUUACCAAAAUAUUUCUUAAGUGGUAGGCAGUGCGAUUAUACGUUGGUUAACUUUUGCAUCGACUAAUUGCUCUAGCGAUAUUACAAAAUGGAUUUAAGUGGCAAGAAUGUUGUUUAUUUGGGUGGCUUCGGUGGUAUUGGUUCCAAAUGUAUUGAAGAAUUUCUACAGAAAGGCAUAAAGAAUUUGGCGAUUUUUGAUUUGCACGAAAAUGCAGCUGUGCUGGAGAAUUUGAGGAGCACCUAUACGGCAUCUAAUGUUUUUUAUAUAAAAAUGGAUAUUACCGAUAAAAAUAGCAUUGAAGCAGCAUACAAUGAAGCUGCAAAUAAAAUAGAUCACUUUGAUGUGAUAGUGAAUGGGUGUGGCAUUAUGAAUGAUAGUCUUAUCGAACUGACUAUACAAAUUAAUUUAUUGGGGCUAAUACACAGUACAUUAACUGCUAUGAAAUAUAUGAGUAAAUUAAAUAAUGGCAAAGGUGGACUUAUUGUUAAUAUAUCCUCUGUAGCUGGCAUAGAACCAGCUGGCAUGUAUGCCGUAUAUUCAGCAAGUAAAUUUGGAGUUAGCGCUUUUACCCGUGGCUUAGCGAAUCCAUUCUAUUAUCAUACUACUGGUAUAGGCUUUAUUACAAUAUGCCCCGGUUUCACAGAAACCAAUUUAUUAGGAGUUGCAUACAACAAUCCAACUUUUGAAAAGUGUGAACCCAUGCUCAAGCGGUUUGCCGAAGCUAAGAAACAAACAGCUACGGAAUGUGCUAAAGGCUUAGUUAAAGCUGUUGAGUCUGGUAAAAAUGGUUCUGUCUGGUUAAUUGAUUUGGGUACAUUGAAGGAAUUGGAAUUUCCUGUAGUGUGGACUCCGACCUUUGAAUGAUUUAUAUAAAAUAAUUUAUUUUGUUAAUAUAUGGAUUUUUAUAUAAGAUAUGGAAAU